AUGGCAAAUCAUGUUUCCUCCUCCUCUGCAUUCACUAAUCAACUUGUCUACCCUUCCUCAGAUGCUUCAGAAUAUCCGUUUUGGGAUGCACAAUCCUUGAAUCCACUAGGUAUGGAUGAGGUUCUUCUUCCCUCUGCAAGUGUGAUACCUAUAGAAUGGGAUAUCACCCCGACUUCGAACGCUGUAGCUGUUAAACAGGACACAACUACUGGUACAAAGGAGAGCAUGAUAGAGAAAAUAGUGCGUAGACAGUCCAAGAGGACGAAAAAAACUUUUCGUGAUCCUUCAACAAUAAGCAAGGCAAUGCUUUCCACUUAUUUCCAUAUGCCCAUUUAUAAAGCCGCUAAGGAACUAAGAGUUGAGUACAGAAUCUUGAAAAGAAGGUGUGAGGAAUUAGGAAUCUUCAGAUGGCCUCAUCGACAAUUAGUCAGCUUACAGAAAUUAUCCGAAAAUGUUAAGGAAUUGGGUAGCAUUGAAGAUGACCCUGAACUGAGAGAAGUACUCAAAGAAAUAAAAGAUAGAAGAGAAAUGAUGCUAACAAAUCCACAUUUGAAAUUGCAUCCAGCCGAAAUAAAGCUUAGAGAUGCAUGUACUAGAAAGAAAAGGCACAGGGAAAUGAUGAGUUUUAUUUCUCCUUGUACCCUUCUUGUUCCUUCAUUUGUGGUUGAUCAUAUUCUUCCUUUCACUGUGGAUCCACCUUCACGAGCGAUGGAAGAAAAUGAAUCGUUUCAGCUUUUGCUUGAUAGCUUCCAAUAA